AUGCCGCCCAGAAAGCAUUGGUCUAAUAACAGAAGCCGACAGAACAACAAGAGGCUUACUAGUAACCCUCAUGUUGAUUGCAUUAACGAUCAAUUACAGACUCUCCGAAAAGAAUUAGCAGAUAUAGAGGCAAUAGAAAAAAGUAAUGGUGAAACAACAACAGAGCAAAAAAUUAAUAUUGCCAAGAAGAAGGCAUCUAUCGAAACACUUGAGGAAUCGUUAAAGCGAUUCCAAGAAGAACCUUGGAGGACCAAGAUCGGUGUUUCUGCCAAUUCUCUGGUUAAAAAAGAGCGUGAAAAGUAUAAAUCUCUCAUCUUGAAGAUACUGCAAUUCUUUUACUUUGUUCGAUUAGGACAGUAUGGUUUAUUUGAUUUGCUUCCAGCACCAACACAACCUGACAAGGAUAACAAUAAAGAUUACUAUCAAGCUUUCAGCAAUUUAUGUGAUCAAUUAAUUGGCGCUGCUGUAUAUGAAGCAGCUCCGAGUAUAAAACGAUCCACAAGAGAAGACAAGAGGGAAGAAGUGUUCUAUCUAUUGAAGAAGUUGGACACCCAGUCAGACGAUCGGGUAGUAUUGUUCAAGGACUACCAUUACAAAAAUAACAAUGAUCGGACCAACAAUGUCACUUUUAAAGAUAUACAAGUCUACAUGCAGCAUGUCUGGGAUAAUACAGCGCAUGAGGAAGCUUUAAAUAAAGAGAAAAAGGCAGAGAAGGAUCAAGCAUUAACAACCAUAAAGGACAAUCUGGAAAAAGAGGUGACAGCAGGAUCUGGCAGCACUACAAUGUCAGAUCCGGACAAUGAAAGGGUAUCUGAUGCUUGGGCCGCACUUCAGUUUAAGAAUAUGAUGGACAUGCCAAACGACAAAAGGUCUGGCUUUGAAGAUGAAUCUCAUAAAACUCCUAGUAAUAGAGACACUCAGAUCCCUACAUUAGCAACAACGAAAAAUACCUUCAAUAAGAUUGACCAGAACGCAAUAGAAAAAAAGGACUUAUUUGAUCGUGGAACACGGCCAACCGUUCCGUCGGCUGAUUCACCUCCAGCAGUCAAUGAUGAAGCAACAGUUAUCCUGAUGACGCCUGAUUGCAGAUCUAUUAUCAUCGAGCCUGGAGAGAUUAUCAGCAGAAAAUUGUUAGCGGUAAAGUUAGCCAAAGUUGAGGUGGCUGCAGGAAUAGGGAAGGAUACAGAGGCAGAAAAAAAUAUCAACGAAAACUUGACUCAUUUAUCACAACAUACCAAAGACCUGGAUAAGUUUGAACAAUUGCUCGAAGCGUUGAAACGUACAAAGGAAAAUUUCGUUAGUCGUUCGACCACAUCUAUGAGCGCCGCAGCUGACGAACAAAAGAGUAAUAAUGAUGUUACUAAUGAAACACUAGCAAUUACAGCAGCACAGGAAGUAGCGGAAGAUGAGAAAGAGUGCGGGUGGGGCGAACCACCUGUGAACACAAGUGUGGAUAAAUGGACUGUCAGUGAUGAAAAUGCUAAAGAAGUUGCAACAGCCACAGACAGGAAAGCGCAAGUUACAGUGAAUGCUAGCAAUGAAAAUGAUGGCUGGGGUUCUGUGCCUGCGGACAAAAUGGUAGAUAACUGGAAAAGUAAAGAGGGCCAUGACAAUACAACUCCCACGCAAGAAUCUCCGAAAGUAGGAAAAAAGGAAAAAGAGCAAGAUGGUUGGAGUGAUGUGCUUGCUGAUACGCAUAUUGAUAAAUGGAACGCUAAUGGCGACCGUACCGACAAAAAUUCAGCGAUCAAUAAAGCACGCGAAGCUACGAAACUGAGAAAGCAGGACAGUUGGCGUAGUGCACCUUCAAAUACAAUCGUCAAUCAUUGGAGGGAAAAGGGAGGCCGUCCUGGAAAAGACACAACAAGAAUUAGGAAAAUGGGCAAGCAAGCAGAUGGCUGGCGUACCACGCCUGCAAGUAUGGUUGCGAGGGAUUGGAGAGCUGGCAACAAUCGUACUCACGCAAGUCCAGCAUCUGAGAAGGCACAAGGAAUGACGGGAGAGUUGAAGGAGAAUGGCUGGGGCGAUGCGCCUGCCAGUAUUGUAGCAGAUGAAUGGAAUAACACUAGUAACCAUUCUAACACAGAAUUAGCAACUGCAAAUCAUUCUCAGACGACCCCUUCAAAUGAUGAUCGGGAAACUGAGGUUUACACCUGGACAGAAUGGAAGACUGGUAGGAAGUCGAACGAUAGAAAGUCAAGGAAAAAACCCACUGGAGAGAAGGAUUCCUCCAGAUCGCCUUCACAUUCAAGAACCUCCUCGCAUGAAGUUGAUGAAACAAGCAACAAAUGGGGCAAGUUUGUAGACAAGACGGUGAAGAGAUAUGACGAAGAUCGCUCAAUCUCACCCUCUCCUUCCUCAGCAUCUUCUGCCGUUUAA